ACAUUUCAUGCCUGGUGUUGCGAAAAUGACACGUCACGGGGCUAUGACGUCACCGCCCAAGAGCUGAAGUAAUAUCUGAAUAACAUUUGAACGUAUUUACUUUUUUUUUCUGUUUCUUUCAUUUCAAAAGAUAUGCCCACCAUGAAUCCUGAAUAUGAUUAUCUGUUCAAGCUUCUUCUGAUUGGUGAUUCUGGUGUGGGAAAGUCAUGUUUAUUGUUGAGAUUUGCAGAUGAUACUUAUACAGAAAGUUAUAUCAGCACUAUUGGAGUAGAUUUUAAAAUCAGAACAAUAGAAUUAGAUGGGAAAACAAUCAAGCUACAGAUUUGGGACACAGCAGGGCAGGAACGAUUCAGAACUAUUACAUCCAGUUAUUAUAGAGGAGCUUAUGGGAUUAUUGUUGUUUAUGAUGUAACAGAUCAGGAAUCAUUCAAUAAUGUGAAACAGUGGCUUCAAGAAAUUGAUCGAUAUGCCUGCGAAAAUGUGAACAAACUUCUAGUUGGAAACAAAUGUGAUUUGACAACAAAAAAAGUUGUGGAUUACACGACAGCAAAGGAGUUUGCAGACCAGUUAGGCAUCCCUUUCUUAGAAACAAGUGCAAAGAAUGCCACAAAUGUAGAGCAGGCCUUUAUGACUAUGGCAGCAGAGAUCAAGAACCGUAUGGGUCCACCAACAACUGGUGGAGAAGGAAUACGACCUGGAGAUAAGAUAAAUCCUAGCACUCCUGUAAAGCCACAAGGGUCUGGUUGCUGUUAGAAUUCAAAACAACUAAUCAUAUUUUGGAGUUUCUUUCUAUAACUAAAAAAAAAUAUUUUCUUCUGUGGAUGUGUUGUUUGUAAUUAGUGAACAUGGGAUUGGGCAAUCUUAUCACUUUGUCCACAUACUUUUCUGAUGCCUGACAGACAGUACAGAAACUUUUACCAAACCUUUGUCCCUUCUGUAAGAACACUUGCUUAAUUUA